ACCUUUUGAAUUUGCGACCUAGAACGAGAACAGUUAAUAACAGAGCAGGCUCUGUGGAAGCUGUUGUCGUUCGAAACCGAGCGAAUAGGUGGGAAAAGAGACAGACGGGGCUAAAUAGGUGGCUGUAUAGUAGAAUAAGUAAAGCUCGAUUUGUCAGCAACAGCAGCUAGCUAUCGAGUUUAACGUAUUUGAAAGGAGAACAUCUUUUUCUGUGACUCCGCCUCUGGCACAGGAGCCGUUAGCAACAGACGGUUGUUGCAGAAGUUUCACAGCAAGCAACCCCGACUUUUUCGCCAAAAUCCGUCUCCUAGAUCUGACGACGAGGCUCAUCAGGAGGAGCCACCAUGUCUUAAACACAGAGGGGCCCUCUGGAGCCCUCUCUCCCCUUCCAGGCCCCUCCUCCCCGGCUCCGUCCCCCAUCCACCACCUUACCCCAUCUCCCAGCCCCAUCCAACAACCACACGUCUCGGCACAUGCCAGCGACAGGUUACCCGGUGCCGGCUCCCCUCUGGCUCAUCCCUCUCCUCCCUCCAAAGAGAUGAGCUUGCAGAAGCCCCAGCAGCUGGGCUGUGGGAGCAGUGGCGUCAUGGGUUCUGACCGGGACAUGCAGUCCUCUGGUUCCUCCAUAUCCCUGCCUUCUGUGAAGAAGGCUCCCAAGAAGAGGCGCAUCUCUUUGGCUUCUUUUUUCAGAAGAAGGAGACACGAGUCUAAAAACCAAAGAUCCAGAGAGCUCCAGCUUCCUGGGAGUGCAGGGCUAACGGGCAUGGACGGCAUCGCAAGUAUCGAGAGCAUCCAUUCUGAGAUGUGCAACGACAAGAACUCUGCUGCCACCUCAGUGACUGGAACCGAAGGUGCCUGUGCUACCGCUGCUUCUACCUCAUCUGCCUCAGAGCCUUCCUCCUCUACCUCUGCCUCCUCCUGCUCUAAAGUUGCUGUUGGAAUUGGGGCUGAGCUGAUGGAGUGCCCCCUGUGCCUUCUGCGCCACUCCAGGGAGAGUUUUCCUGACAUCAUGACCUGUUACCACCGCUCCUGCAUUGAUUGCCUGCGCCAGUAUCUGCGCAUCGAGAUCUUGGAAUCCCGUGUCAACAUAAGCUGUCCUGAGUGCUCUGAGCGAUUCAACCCACAUGAUAUUUGUAUGAUCCUGGGGGAUCGACUGCUUAUGGAGAAAUAUGAGGAAUUCAUGUUGAGGAGGUGGCUGGUUGCUGACCCGGACUGCCGCUGGUGCCCUGCUCCAGACUGUGGAUAUGCUGUAAUCGCCUUUGGGUGUGCCAGCUGUCCAAAGAUCAAAUGUGGCAGGGAGGGCUGUGGUACCGAGUUCUGCUACCACUGCAAGCAGCUGUGGCAUCCCAACCAGACCUGCGAUGCAGCGCGGCAGCAGAGAGCCCAGAGCCUCCGUCUGAGAGCGGUGCGCUCGUCCUCCCUCAGCUAUAGCCAGGAGAGUGGCGCCGCAGUAGACGACAUCAAGCCGUGUCCACGCUGUGCAGCUUACAUCAUAAAGAUGAACGACGGCAGCUGUAACCACAUGACCUGUGCCGUCUGUGGCUGUGAGUUCUGCUGGCUCUGUAUGAAGGAGAUCUCAGACUUGCACUACUUGAGUCCGUCAGGCUGUACUUUCUGGGGUAAGAAGCCGUGGAGCAGGAAAAAGAAGAUCCUUUGGCAGCUGGGAACGCUGGUUGGAGCUCCUGUUGGCAUUGCACUGAUUGCUGGCAUCGCCAUCCCCGCCAUGAUAAUUGGUAUCCCCGUAUACGUGGGACGAAAGAUAUAUAACCGCUAUGAAGGAAAAGAUAUGUCCACCCACAAGAGGAACCUGGUGAUUGCUGGUGGAGUGACCCUCUCUGUCAUUGUGUCUCCAGUGGUGGCUGCAGUCACUGUGGGGAUCGGCGUUCCCAUCAUGCUGGCCUAUGUAUACGGCGUGGUGCCUUUCUCUCUGUGCCGCAGUGGAGGCUGUGGCGUCUCGGCUGGCAGUGGCAAAGGAGUACGCAUCGAGUUCGACGAUGAGAAUGACAUGAACGCGGGCAGCGCUGGAACUGCCACUGAUGUGACACUGGUGGCUGACAGCAGAAACAACCCCAGCAUAGGCGAGGGCAGCGUGGGGGGGAUGACGGGCAGCCUCAGUGCCAGUGGGAGCCACAUGGACCAUCUGGGAUCAAACAGGGACAACCUGAGCGACACCGCUUCCACCAUGGCUCUGGCUGGAGCCAGCAUCACUGGCAGCCUGUCUGGGAGUGCAAUGGUCAAUUACCUGAACAGGCUGGAGGUGCAGGCGGACGUGCAGAAGGAGCGCUGUAGUCUCAGUGGGGAGUCUGGCACAGUCAGCCUGGGAACGGUCAGUGACAGCGCCAGCACCAAAGCCAUGGCCGGAUCCAUUCUUAACAGCUACGUGCCUCUUGACAGAGAUGGAACCAGCAUGGAGGUCCAGGCCGACGUUGAAUCCAAGCCUGGGAAACACCGGCAUCACAGUGGCAGCAGUAGCUUUGAUGAGGGCAGCCAUGUUGGCCGCUGUGGCUGGACGCGUCCCAACACCUCCUCAGAGGGCAAAGGAACCUCCUCCAAGUGGUCCAAAGAGGCCUCCUGCUCCUGCUCCUCCAACUCAGGAGGAAAGAAGACAAAAGGCAAGCUGCGCAAGAAAGGAGGCAGCAAGAUCAAGGAAACCCGGGAGGACAUGGAUGCUCAGCUCCUGGAGCAGCGCAGCACCAACUCCUCAGAGUUCGACUCCCCUUCACUGAGUGGGAGCCUCCCCUCUGUUGCUGACUCUCACUCUAGUCACUUCUCUGAGUUCAGCUCAUCUGAUCUGGAAAGUGUGAAGACGUCCUGCAGCCACGGCUCCAACGGGGGAGACUGCCACAUGCGCUUUGCCACCGUCAGCCCCCUGCCAGAGGUGGAGAACGACCGCCUGGAGUCGUGCCCGGCCUCGUCACCCUCCACCAAAGGACAGGCCGUCGCCGUCACCCCCCACUCGCCCUCCACCGCCCCCACCCUUGGUAACGGUGCAGAGCUGCCCGCUCUCUGCUUCAUCACAGAAGAGAAUGUCAGCCUGGUGUGCCCUGCUGAGCUGGACUCUAACAGCAACACCGGAGAGCUGCUGAAAGAACCAAACAACAACCACCACAAACCACAACAGCCGCUCCAAACCCAGGAGCACCUCCAGAGCUUCUGUAUACAGACGGAUAUUUAGAGGACCCAAACAAAAUAAACAUGCUUUCAUCCUCUCUGCUAGGAGCUCCUGCAGUAUUUCUGGGUUUCCUGUUGCCAUGUGAAAGCAGGAGCUGCUCUUUCCUCUGACUAACGCUCUGACACCCACUGGCCUCUAACAUGUACAUCUAAAAUAAACCACUGGGCCAGUUUGGAUAGUAUUAGAUUUUUGCUUUAAAGGAUAAAUGCAAUAUUUACAGGAGUCUGAAGAGGCAAAGUCGCGCAGGGACCAGGCAGUGUGUUUCACCAUUUCCUUCUGUUUAGAUUAAAGAAUAUCCAGAACAGUCUGUGUUCUGUUCUGUCUUUACGUGUUCCUGGAUAUUCUUAACCAGCCCUGAUGUAGAAGUCUGACUGACGAUAACUUCUAUCGUGAAGACAAUGACAGGCUCUGAAGUUGAAGACCUCUGUCUCAGUAAACGCUGGUUUUCGAGCCAAGGUCAGGCUUGUGGUCAUCACAGAACCGUGGAACGUGUUUGUUACUGAGUUUAGGGAGGGCAACAGUUGUUUUCACGCAGACGGGUCUCUGGAAGGCCGCUGUUGUUGAUGAUGCUUUAAGUCAUUAUGAUAUUAACCAGUGGGUUGGUCAAUUCUGUGAAAUUGUACAAAGAAAAUGGUUUUGUCCUGUUAAAAAGUGACUUACUUUGAAGGACGGUUUUCCUCGCCGAGUCAGAGGGAGAUUUGGUAUCUUUGUGAACUCAUGGUGCCUUCAAGAAGCUGUUUUGUUUCUCUUCUUCACCGUGUCUUCUAGUUUCCAAUCAGCAAGAUGGAAAACUUGUAGGUAGCAGAGAGUUUGUGCUGGUAGAUGCUCAUUCAUAUGCAGUGGAGACUGUGGGGAAUGAAAACGGCCUACCAAAGAGAGGCUCCUGUCCACUCUGAACAGUACUGUGCCUCCUUUUUACAUCAUAGGGAUGAAUGAAGACCCGGGAUGGUAGUGACACACGGCUGCACUCACCGUUCUUCACAUUUGUUCUGAAAUGCACACUGAGAAAUGUGUUUGUUGUUUGGCUAAAGGUGCUGAUGAGCAGACUUGGAAUCAGAUUGAGCCUCUUUCAGUGUUUCUUACAGCUGGUUUGGUUACUGCUCUGGAGUCCAGGCUUUCUCAGGUGAAUCCGCACCAGCAGAGGUUUCUGUGUCCCUGAAGGAAAACCUUGGUUCUGUGGAGAAGGCUGGCCUUGUGCUGAAGGCAAACCGUUGAUCUGUUCUUCCUCCUCUUCACCAAAACUCUUUCUUUGUUCUGAUUUCAACACUAUUGCCGGAUAGAACUUGUAUUCUGUGCAACAUAACAAGAUAUGUUUGUUUGGUAAUUGCUUUACUAUAUGCGUGUUAUGCAUAUCAGAAAUAAAAAUCUAUACAAACUCC